CCGGAGAGGCCGGUACCUGGCGCGUUCUCCUGUCGCUCACGGGGCGCCCCGGCACCGGGUUGGACGCCCUGGCACCGGGUUGGACGCCGUGCCUCACACUGGGUCUCCCCCUCCCACCCACCGACGGGCCGGCCCCGGCCCGGCCGUCAUGGCGGCGCUGAGGCGGAGGCCGUGGGGACAGAGGCGGGGGACGUGAGGCUCGGCUGCCGGGGGCUGGCGCCGGGCGGCCCGUGCGGGCUAUGGGGAGCGUGCGCUGGGCCUUCCCCUGCGCCGCCUGGCGCCCCGGCCGCGAGGAGUGGCUGCUGGCAGCGCGGCUGGUGCAGCCCGAGGAGAAGGACCGCGUCGGCCAGUUUGUCUUUGCCCGCGAUGCCAAAGCCGCCUUGGCUGGUCGCCUGCUGAUCCGUAAAUUAAUUGCAGAGAAGUUGUGCAUUCCUUGGAAUGAAAUACACUUGCAAAGGACAUCAAAAGGAAAACCUUUCCUGGCAAAUAAUGUGUUCAGUAUGUAUUUGAAUUACAACUUCAACGUCUCUCAUCAAGGAGAUUAUGCAGUUCUUGCAGCUGAGCCUGAACUUCAAGUUGGCAUUGAUAUUAUGAAGACUAGUUUACCAGGUAGUAGCUCAAUUCCAAAUUUCUUUCGCAUCAUGAAGCGGCAGUUUACUGAGACAGAGUGGGGUGUAAUCAAGUCUAUGAGUAAUGAAUGGUUGCAGCUGGAUAUGUUUCAUAGGCACUGGGCCUUAAAGGAAAGCUUCUUAAAGGCUAUUGGAGUUGGAAUUGGCUUUAACUUGCAAAGAAUUGAAUUUAAUGUGUCCCCAUUGCAACUGGAAAGAGGAAAGGUUUAUAAGGAGACAAAAAUGCUUCUUGAUGGAGAGAAAGAAGAAGAGUGGACAUUUGAGGAAACCCGGUUAGAUGACCAUCAUCAUGUCGCAGUGGCUCUCGGGAAACAGAAGGGAUUUGGACAAAAGCAUUCUGAUGUAUGUGCCAUGGAGCCUAACCAACCACAGUUUACAUUAUUGACUUUUGAAGAUUUAGUUGCAUCAGGUAUUCCUGUCACACCUGAGGAUUCUGCAUAUUGGGAUAAUUUUUGUUCUAAGCAGGAGAAUCCAGUGAAACAGAGUUCAUAUUCAAGAUGAGAAUACCUACAAGAAAAAGAAAAUUGUCAAUGCUUUUAUGCUGUUACUCUGCAUAAUUCAUUGUCGGAAGAAGUGCAAAUGUGUAAAUGAAACAUAUUUUUCCUUAUUUAAACUGUCUGAUUUUUCACCUUUUAAAAAUUCCCAUUCUUUAUCAAUAUCUUAAGGAAGAUCUUAAGGAAUUCUGAGUGAAAAGCUGGACACAUGCAUUUUUGCUUCUCCAUACCUUUGGUUCAUGCACUUCAAUAAUUACCCAUGCUAGGAACAGCGACCAGAGCUACAAUAAUGUUGAUUAGCCAACAAGUGUUUUAAUACAUAAAAAUGUGUUUCCAUACUUCAUUUAUGCUGAAGCUGGAAUUAUGAUGCUGCUUCUUCUCUUAAAAAAUAAUAGUUUUAUUCUUGAAUGGAUGAAUAAAGCCAGAAGAAUUGGUACUAACCCUUUUGCUGUUACUAUAUGGUGCAAGUGUUUGUGCAACACUUUGAUUUUCUGUAAUGGCAGGCUGAAGAAGUCUGGAUCUUAGUAGUCUUGGAACUGCAUCUGUGCAAAACUAGUUUGAGGCAGGGGAUUAACUUACAAUUAUUUCAUAUCCUUUUCACUUACAAUCCUUGUUAAUUAAAGCUUCCUGUAUGUAAUUUAGGAUUGGAUUUUUAAA